UAUGUAUGUAUACAGUAUACAAACACAUAUAACAGCGUUGGGAAGGUUACUUUGCAAUUCCUGUGCAUGUGAUACAUUAUUAAUCUCUGUAAGUGAUGUGAGACAUUUGUAGUUUCCUCUCAGUUCUAUGGCUGUCUGUCCCAGCAGCAGAACAUGCUUCAGGACUAUCUCAGGACUUCAACCUACCAAAAAGCCAUUCUGCUCAACGAUGUUGACUUCAAAGAUAAAGUGGUUCUUGAUGUGGGCUGUGGAACAGGGAUAUUGUCCUUCUUUGCCGUCCAGGCCGGGGCUAAGAAAGCGUACGCGGUGGAGGCCAGUUCUGUGGCCAAAUAUGCAGAAACUCUAGUGAAAAGCAAUAACUUGUCCAAAAAAAUCACAGUUUUGUCAGGAAAGAUUGAGGAAGUUUCCUGCUCAGAGAAGGUGGAUGUGAUCAUCUCAGAGCCCAUUGGCUACAUGCUCCUCCAUGAGAGGAUGUUAGAGAGCUAUUUGCAUGCCAAAAGCUGGUUAAAACCCAAAGGCAUGAUGUUCCCUACUCAGGGUGACAUUCAUCUGGCUCCUUUCACUGAUGAACAGCUCUACAUGGAGCAUCAUGCCCGCUCCAACUUCUGCUGGCUGGACUGAGACGCCACAGUGUCCUCGGUUGGACCAUCUGAAGCUUGGGGAAUGCCCUGGCCACUACCUUGGGGUCAUCCAGACGUUGAUUGGCAAACUUCCAGAUUUAAAUAUUGUGUGAAUAAUGAUGAAUUCUCAGUUGUGUGAUUCAUUAAUUUAAGUCUUAAGUCUGUAAUUUGUAUUAAGUUACAGACUUUAUGAAUCUGAACUAAAAAAAAAUACAAUACAAAAAAACAUAAAAAUUAGUGUAGAGGUCUGUGCAGACUGCAGUAAACACAUAUAUUCUCAUAACAUGAGAGCUGAUUUACCAUCAGGACUCCUCACAGGUUCAUCAAGCUGCUCCACUUUGUCAUCUGGACCUGAGUGGACACUGCUGAAUUUUCUCCUUUCCCUCUGAAUUAAAGCAGUUACUCAGAAUAAAGUAAACAGCACCAUUUGGAAUGAGUUACUACCAUAGACUGCAAUAUGAGCAAAGGUAGAAACACCAAAAUGAGCAACUAGCUGCAAGUGAUUUAGUAAGGAUUUAGCAAAGCGAGCCUUUAAUACGAGCAUACUACUGUGACGUCACAAUCUAAUGAGCAUUCAUUGAGAGCCGUUGAUCAGCUGCUACCUGAUUGGUCCGUUUUGUGCUGUGGGCGGGGCUUCUGCGCUUCUGUCUUUUACUGUAUUUCUAGAAGCGGAAUAAAACAGAUUUCUGUAGUAAAUUGUCACAACAUGCUGGCUGUUUGGUUAAUAAAUGCUUUGUUAUUAUUCCGUGCCGAUUUAAGUCGUUUACAGGUAAAAAAUGGUCUAAUAUUGGCAUGUUUUUUGCACUGUAAGUUAAAUGUAAGUUAAUGUGACUCAAAAAUUAUUUAACGGGCACUUAUUCUCAUUAAAACACCAGAUAUUACCAUUUAUUCUUUAUUAAGUGUAUCUAAGAGUAAUUCAAGCUUCAUUUAAGGUCUUUUGCAGUGUAAUAAUUGUGUUUCUGUGACCUAAUGUCUAUAUCUAGCUUGUGCAUUCAUUGAAAAGAUCAUACAAAACAUUCAUAUUGUCAUCUGUACAUUUAUAAUUGAAUUGUCAUUGUUUUAAAGUACUAUAUUACUGUUUUCACUGUCAAACAGCACAAUUAUGUGAAUCUGUCCAGAUGUACUGACAAUGUACAGUUCAAUACAGUAAAACAGCUGUCAACUGUAUUAGCGAUGUUGUGAGACUGCAUGCAAUGUUUAUAAUAAUAACCUACAUUAAAUAUUAACAGUGAAAGUCAUGCACAUGAUACAGUAAAGAUAUGAGACAGGCAUAGCUUGAGAGGAGGUGAGAGAGAACAAAAGAAAGAAAAAUCUAAACAUAUAAAAUAGGUGAAUGUAUGUACCUAACCAUACUUUAGACAAAUGUGAACCCAGAAGUGAUCUAAAUCUGGAAAAAAUAAAAAAAUAAAAAAACUGCUUCCAAGGUCAUCCAGUGAU